CCGGAGAACCUCUCUGUCACUCGCCCUCUUAUCUCUCUCGUUAUCGAAAACCCAAAUCCUAAUACGGAUUACGGAGUACGUAGCUGUUUUCAAUUUCACUUUCAUUAUUAGAGAAUUGAUCAAAUUCCGGCAGUAACUUUUAAAUUUCACUACAGCGAAUUAACAAGUACGGAACAAAAAGGAGCUUCAUUUCUCUCUCUCUCUCUCUCUCUCUCUCUCUCUCUCUUAAAAACCUCUAAAACAGUCUCUCCCACAUUCAAAAAUCCACACACACAGACACAGUGAUUCACAUUUUCACACACAGAAACAGAAACUAAUUUAGGGUUUCAACUUUUCACAAACAACAAGAAGUCCCUCGAUCUCAAACUCUUCCUAGCCUCCACAUUCCCAUUAUUUACACUCAUACCCCUUUCCCUCGCACACUCACUCUGAUCACUGACAGACACUAACCUCCAUGGAUGAAUGGCAUUUGGAGUAAAUAAGCAAUGAAAUCAGGGGCUGAAUUUUAGGUAUUGAUGGGCGUUGCCAAAACCUGGAGGUUUAGCGUGAUAUCAGCGAACCUGGCUUUGUUACAGAACCAAAACGGUCACAACAAUAACACAAACACCAACACCAACACCAACACUAAAACCAAUAGCAAUAGCAAUAGCAAUAGCAAUAACAAGCAUGUUGUGUCUACUACUACGACGACGACGACGACGUCGUUUCAGAGAAAGCCGAUCUCGUGGUCCUGGGUUUGCGGCUUGAUGCUCUUCGGUUUGGGCUUGAUUUCGCUUUUCACCGGCCACGUGGCCUCUGAUCUUGAAUGGUACUCUCAGCGCCUAGUCAAGCGCAGCUUCUACUCUAGACUGGAUGUGAGUCGGCGUGAACCAAUUGACAUAUGGAAAUCAAAGUACUCAAAGUACUUCUACAGUUGCAGUGAGCGAGGCCGACAUUUUGCUUCUGCUGUUCGUGAACGAUCAUCAAAUGGCUAUUUGCUUAUUGCAACAAGUGGAGGACUGAACCAACAAAGAACAGGAAUAACAGAUGCUGUCGUUGUUGCACGGAUUCUGAAUGCUACGUUAGUUGUACCUGAGUUGGAUCAUCAUUCCUACUGGAAGGAUGAUAGUGACUUCAUCAACAUUUUUGAUGUUGAUUGGUUUAUUUCUACUCUUGCAAAAGAUGUGACCAUUGUCAGAAGAGUUCCUGAUAAAGUCAUGCGAUCAAUGGAAAAACCUCCAUAUACUAUGCGUGUCCCAAGGAAAUCCGCCCCUGAAUAUUAUCUUGAUCAAGUCCUCCCUAUACUUUUGAGGAGACGUGUAGUGCAAUUGACGAAAUUUGAUUAUAGACUUGCAAAUGAUCUUGAUGAAGAGCUACAGAAGUUGCGUUGCCGGGUUAAUUAUCAAGCCUUAAGAUUUACAAAACCUAUACAAGAGCUUGGUCAAAGACUAGUUUUUAGAAUGCAACAGAUGGCAAAACGUUUCAUUGCAAUUCACUUGAGGUUUGAACCUGAUAUGCUAGCAUUUUCCGGGUGUUACUAUGGUGGGGGUGAAAAAGAGAGAUAUGAGCUUGGUGAAAUAAGAAAACGAUGGGCAACAUUACCAGAUUUAAGCCCUGAUGGAGAGCGGAAGCGAGGGAAAUGCCCACUUACUCCUCAUGAAGUGGGUUUGAUGCUGCGGGCACUUGGUUUUGCAAAUGACACAUACCUCUAUGUUGCAUCUGGAGAAAUAUAUGGUGGUGAAGAGACUCUGCAGCCUCUCAGGGAACUCUUUCCAAACUUUUAUACAAAGGAGACUCUUGCCAAUGAAGAGUUGAAGCCUUUUCUUCCAUUCUCUUCCCGCCUUGCUGCCAUUGACUACAUUGUCUGUGAUGAGAGUGAUGUAUUUGUCACUAAUAACAAUGGAAAUAUGGCCAAGAUUCUUGCAGGUCGAAGGAGGUACAUGGGUCAUAAGAGGACUAUUAGACCAAAUGCGAAGAAACUUAGUGCUUUGUUCAUGGCAAGGCAUCAGAUGCACUGGGAGACAUUUGCAAGAAAGGUAAAAUCAUGCCAAAAAGGAUUCAUGGGAGACCCAGAUGAGAUGAGACCAGGUCGAGGAGAGUUUCUUGAAACUCCGUACUCAUGUAUUUGUGAGAAACCAUUCAAUGAUGAUGAAACCAGCUACAAUGGAGAUCAUCAGUCAGAACAAGUUGCCAUGGAAUCUGUGGCAAAAAUUAAAUUCACAUGAUCGAAAGGGUUGAGGUGAGGAGUCUACCAGUACAGAAAAAGAAAAGCAUGGCAGAAGAGCCAACUUUCUUAGUAAAUCGAGUGGACAAUGAAGAGAGUAAAGGGAGAUGAGUGGGAAUUGAAUGACCAAGGAGAGAAUAGGGAAAAAAAUUAUCCCGAUAUAAUGUGGUAGUUGGAAUUAGUUCAUACAUCAACCAGAGAUGGUGACGGCUCUAACGGCCUUUUCAUCUCUAGUAUGGCAAAUUUUAUCAUGCCGCCACAAAAUUUUACCUAGAACAGCGAAAUCAAUCAUGGCAUCUUGUAGCUUUUUUUUUUUUUUUUUUGGUCCAUUAGUUGCUGUUCAAUAUCUCCGUUUUGAUUGCAGAAUUGACUGGUUCCAUGUAUAGCUUGAAGUGAUGAAAUGCAAUUGUUUAUAAAUAGUUUCUCUAGGGACAGCUCUGUAGGAUUUUGAGAAACACUUGCAUCAACAAAAUUCAAAUUUAUCAUAUUGUGACUCGUUA